AUACCCACCACUCUUCCUCCUCCCUGUCUUCUUUCUCUCUCCCUUCAACUUCUCUCACUAGACUCGUUCUUUCUCUCUCUUUGUCUGUAUUUUCUGUUACUUUCUCGACAGCUUACUUAGGGUUCUCAUUUUUUAAUUCAUGCUUUUUUAUUUCACUUUUGGGGAUUCAAAUUCAAAGCACAAAAAAAAUAAAGAUUUCUUCUUCUUCACAAAUACUUGCUACAUUUCCAACGUUACUUUCUCUCUCUAUCUCUUUCUGCUUCUCUCUUUGCUUUGAAGUUUCUACGAAGAAGACUCUUCCAAGAUCCAAUGAUCUGGUCAUAUGAAACAAAAAACGAUAGCGUGGCUCGAGUUUUUGAUUAUGGCGUACGCUGCUCGUGAUGAUUUUGAUGUUACAAGGUUAAUUUAUAGGUCAUAAAGGAAGUUAAGAUGAUUAAUUCUUGUUGAAUUGAGGCAAUUUUUUGAAUUUUUGAGGAUUUUUGAGUUGACAAAUUGAUAUAGAAAUGGCUAUAGCGGGUUUGCACAAUGUUCCUGUGAUUGAUUCUAAUAUUUUGAGGGAGUCUCAAUCAUCAUCAUCGGGUCGUGUCGGAAAUCAAGGAAGUGUUAGCACCCGCGCAUCCUCAAUCCGGCAGAUGUGGCUGGAACUUGAAGAUGAAUGCGUGGUGAAUCGGGUCCGGGAACGAGGAAGGAUAAGGUUGUUACAGCAAGAUAGAAAUGGGGGAUUGUCUAAUUAUCAGGAAGGAGAUAACAGGGGAGGUUUGGAGGAUUCGAGUGAGAGCGAAAAUGGGUCUGUGAUCAAUUCUGAGAGUCUAAUGGGAAAUUUGAAUGAGCAAGAUGAUCAUCAGAGUUUAACAUCUGAGCAAUCUAUAGAUUUUGGGCAAGUUGAAAGAGAACGAGUUAGGAGAAUUUUUCAGGAAUGGAAGAAUAAUGGUGGAGCUUCUCAGGGAGGGAAUGUUCCCCAUCGAAAUCGAGGUUCAAGGGCUCAGUGGCUUGGUGAGAAUGAGCGUGAAAGGGUUCGAGUCGUACGAGAAUGGAUUCAGACGAAUAGUCAGUCAAGAGAUGAUCAAGGUUCUGAAGUUGGUUCUCAGAUUGAACAAGUCCGUGAUGGACAAGUUGUUGAUGUUAAUGAAGGUCAAGCCGAGAAUGGUCGAAGGCGGAUUCGUAGGCUAUGUGGGAGGCAGGCGCUGCUCGAUUUAUUGGCCAAGAAGGAGCAAGAACGGCGCGAAGAACUUCAGGGUUUGGAGAUGACUCAUCCUGUUAGUCGUUUUGCUCAUCGAAAUCGAAUUCAGUCAUUACUUAGAAUCCGGUGUUUUCAGAACAUGCGAUCAGCUGAGUUGCAGAGUCCCCGUUCUACUGCAGAAAGCGAACUGGGAUUGCUUAGGCAACGGCAAACUGUGUCUGGUUUGAGGGGAGGCUUUCUCUCCAGAUUGGACAACAAUGUUCAGGUUCAUGCAAGCGACCUCUCCAGUGGUUCUUCUGAUAACAAUGCACAUAGAUAUAGAGAUGAUCAAACCCAGGAUAACAGCACAAAUGAGGUCAUUGAUGUCGCUCAUGGACAAAGGGAUAAUGCUAACGAGGACCUUGGUCAAAAUGAGCUUGCAAAUGAGGUCCUUAAUGCUGACCAUGCACAACAUGAUCCUGAGAAUGAGGUUCUUGAUGAUACUUGUGAAGAAAGUGUUCUUGAAAGAAAUUUUGAUGUUGGUCCAUCUACAAAUGUAAAUCAACAAAGAAAAAUUUCCAGUGGAUGCACUAGUUCACAACAAGUGGAAGAGAGAUUGGACCUUGCUUCUGACGGGGAAAGAUCCGAAACUGUUAAUAGUGAGCCACCGAACGGUUCUUCAGACGAGGUUUACUUACCAAUGAAUUCUCAAGAACCUUCAAGAAGUGGAAGUGGGGAAUUUAGUGAUCUGACAGAAAUUCAUGAAAUGUCCCAUAAUUUUGACACCCGCAGUGAAAUUAACACUGAUAAUCAAUUAGAUGAUGAUAUCAAUGCAUCUGAAGAUGUUAACGGCCAAGAACCCAGUAUCCCGGUUGAGGAUUGGUCCCAACAGAUGUCCAUGUUUGACGAAAGCAGAUGGCAAGGUAGCGUUCUAUCAAACCAGUGGAGUGCUGAUCAGGUUGAAACAGAUAGACAACACUGGCAUGGUGUAGAUGGAGAAGAAUCUCAAACUGCUCUAGAAAGUGAAGUCGGAGAGCAAAAUGAUGCACAAGACUACUGGCAUGAAAAUGGUUCUCUGGAGACACCAACAGAUUGGUUAGGAGUGCCUUCCAGUUCAGGAGUGACUGGUAGACUCGAUACUUAUUAUUUCUCGGAUGAUGAUAAUGUGUAUCACAUGGAGCUCCGAGAACUUGUAAAUAGAAGAACAGUUUCAAGUCUUCUUCAUAGUGAUUUUCGUGAGAGUCUGGACCAAUUGAUACAAUCAUACGUGGAGAGGCAAACCCAUGCUCCUGAUGAUUGGGAGUUACAUGAAAUGUCUCUUCCUCCUUUCCCAGCACAGAAUCAAAUUCAUCGAGGUACAGAGCACACUGAGGAGUUGGGAUCUGAAGACAAUCUUGCUGAUCAAAGUCGGCAAACACUGCCUAGACCACCACCUCUCCCUCAGGCGCAUUGGGGACAUCAUGCUAAUCGGUCGUUCCGUGAAUCACGACAACGUCCUGGAACUGAAUGGGAGAUCAUAAAUGAUUUGAGGAUUGACAUGGCUAAGCUGCAGCAACGAUUGAACAACAUGCAGAGAAUGCUGGAAGCCUGCAUGGACAUGCAACUUGAACUGCAACGAUCUGUUAGACAGGAGGUUUCCGCAGCUUUGAACCGAUCCGCCAGUCCAUCAGACUUGUUAGCGAACACAAUCCCUAAAGACAGUUCCAAAUGGGAUUGCGUAAGGAAAGGCAUAUGCUGUAUAUGUUCUAGCACCAACAUCGACUCUUUAUUGUACAGAUGUGGGCACAUGUGCACAUGUACAAAAUGCGCGGAUCUAUUAGUACAAGGGAACGGAAACUGUCCGAUGUGUCAGGCGCCAGUUAUGGAGGUGAUCCGAGCUUAUUUUAUACAAUAGAAUGACUAAAGUGGAGGACGAGAGUUGGUAGUUUACGCCAACAUAAUCUCAUUUCGGUUUUUUUGAGGCAGUUUCUUGGUGCUCAUCCUCCUAAUUUACACACAAUCGAAAUUCUUUCCCUUUUCGAUAAAAUUUUCUUUGUAAAUCCUGAAAAACUGAGAUAGAAAAUAGCCUCUAUUUAAAAGGAAAGGAAACAAAACCCAGAUAAGCAAAUGGGUUCAGUUAUAUUUGUAUCUAUGUUGAGCUUACAAGAAGCUACUGGAAGGAGUGAUGUUUAGCUUUGUAUCUGGAAUUGGAUGAAUGUACAUAUAAUUUGGAGUAUGCUCAUAAUUUAUAUCACAAAUUUCUCAUUAUUAAACUAA